AUGGUGGCAUCACUCCUGGGGAAACCGGUUGGUUCCUCUCAACAAACUCGAGUUAAAAAGGUAACGACCUUUGCUCGUAUUUGUGUUGAAAUUGAUUUGAGCAAGCCGUUGCUAGAUUCAGUGGAUAUGUAUGCGGGGACUUACUCUUGGGUGCAACAGUUAGACUAUGAGACUUUACCAUUCAGCUGUCGACUAUGUCAUGAAUACGGUCAUUUACAACGAAGAUGCCCAAGGUAUAGACCCAUUGAGCCUCAGCCUUCUCAACCUCCUCGCAAUCCUCCUAGGGUGGAUAGAGGUAAGGCUCCCAUUCCUGGUGAAGGGAUAGAUGCAGAUGGUUUUACUCUUGUCAAAGAUUGUAUUUUAGAUGUUAUUCAGGCUCCUCAAGAUGGUGGUGAUUCACAAAUGGACACAGAUCGUCAUGUGGAAGAUCAGGGAAAGAUGACUAUUGCAACAAAAGUGAAGAUGGAUGAGGGGAUUGGCUCUCACAAGGUAAAAAAAUUGGGUCCUGAGAUGGCAAAGAGUAGUAAGGAUUCUCCUCAUUUGGGCUUUCUUCAGAAGGAUAUAAAAAAGUGUAUGGAGGAGAAGUCAUUGAAGGUUGGUAGGAAGAAGGACCUGGACAAGAUUAAAUUGACGGGGGAGAAUUUGGUGGAGUCAGGAUCAGUGAAGACUCAGGAUUCUCAUUUUUCAAGUCCCUUGAAAUGA